GAGUGUGACUCGUGGCGUCACGUUUCCUCCCGUAUCCUAUUCCACGUUGGCGACCUUUCAUCUUCUCUGCGCGUCCCCUCAAAUCUUUCUCUCCAUAUAUAUACAAAGAAUCCACCGAUCCUUCUUCAGAACCUUCUCAUUCGAGAAAAUCUGACGGAAUCGAACCUUCAGCAACCAUGUCGACUAACCCAACCUCGAAUCCCAUCGAAUCGAGCCAGAAGAAGCCAUCGGUGUACCUCCAGAACAUGGAUGAGGUCGAGAAAGUAUUCAACCGCUUUGACACCAAUGGCGACGGCAAGAUCUCCGAGUCGGAGCUCGGUGCCGUCCUCAGCUCCCUCGGUACCGCAUUCGCAGACGAGGGAGAACUUCGUCGUAUCAUGGCAGAGCUGGACUCUGAUAACGAUGGCUUCAUCUCCCUCCCCGAGUUCGUGGCCUUCUGCAGCUCCGGCUCCGAGGACGGUGGCUCCUCCGAGCUCUUAGACGCCUUCCGGCUCUAUGACCAGGACCAGAACGGCCUGAUCUCCGCUGCGGAGCUCCACCUCGUGCUCAACCGCCUCGGCAUGAAGUGCUCCAUUGAGGACUGUCACCGGAUGAUAAGAUCCGUCGACUCCGACGGAGACGGUAACGUCAACUUCGAGGAGUUCGAGAAGAUGAUGAGCAACACAAACAAAAGUAACGGCUCCGCCCAGUAGAAUUAUGAAUCAACGGUUGCGGACGGGUGGAGUGCAGCAGUCUCUACUCGCAGAUCGAUAUGAGCCCAAGCUGGCAUGCCAACUAAAAAAUGAAACAUGGCAUAUCAAUGGAUGGGCGGGAGAGAAAAUGUUGGAUUUGUGGAACGUUGGCGCAAGAGAAUGCUUAAAAUGAAACGGUGUGUUUUCAUAAUUUGCCAUAUAUGGUACAUUUCAAGAACAGAGAAUCUUGUUUUCCACUCCAUGGUCCCAUUCUCCUUCGAGCUCCAUCUCCUCCCCCAUAUCCUUCAUUCCUAAUCCUAAUUUUUCGUCCAAUAGUCCUUUUUUCUCCUCCUCUAUCUCCUCCAUCCCUAACUCCCAAACAUAUGGUUGAUUUGUUUGUUCUAAAACGUGCAGUUAUUCCUAACUUUCAACAUCAAAUAGAGGACUUUUCUCUUUUAGUGGCAUCAUAUUGUAUCAUAAUUUUUGGUUAUUUCUAAUAAUGGGUUUUUCCUAAGAGUCUAAUAUUGGGAUUUCUUAUUGUAACCCCUUUACUCUCUUUGUAUAAGCUAUUUCUCUAUCACAAGUGAAAGUAUUUAUCAAUAAGAUUGGAGUAUCGUUACUAUUGA